AUGCCCGAAGGAGUUGUAUCAACUGGCGUUGGAGUCGGUGUUGAAUCAAAAUCUCUCACUGCGUUUGGUAUACAAUCAAUUGUUGAAAUCUUAUCCGCUGUGCUCACCAUCUAUCGUUUUCGUCAUGAACUGAAUAAUGAUUCGGCAGCGAAUGUAGUGCUUGAAAAACGAUCUACCCUUGGUAUUGGUAUACUCUUAGUUGUUCUGGCAAUUGGAACAUGGGCUGCUUCAAUCAGUGCUCUCGUUCAUCACAUCAAACCAACUUCGUCAACACUAGCUCUCAUAGUUUCCGUUAUCAUGCUCAUUUUUAGUACUCUUUUAUGGCUACCAAAACCAUGGAUUGCUGCCGAACUCAAUAGCUCAGUCAUGCAUGGCGAAGCAUGUUGUUCUCUGGCUUGCAUGUAUUCGAAUAUUAUUCUGUUGAGUGGAUUUCUGAUCUUCAAAUUCUGGCCUAAUGGUUGGUUUAUUGAUAGUAGCGUCGCAAUUUUACUAGGCUUUUCUUUCGGUCACGACGGAUGGUCCAUGAUUUCUUGGGCUCGAAGUAAAGAUUUCAAUUAAGAAUACCAAUCUUGAAAAUGCCUCAAUCAAAAACGAUCAAACCGAACGAAGAACACGUUUGUUUCUUUUUUAAUUUCAAACUUGGCCAUUUUAUUGUUUUUUAGGAAAACAGCCAU